GAUGAAUUGUUUUAACUUAAAAUGAAGUUGACUUCUUCCAAUAAAGUUGAACAAUUUUAAGGCAGCAAAGAAUUUUAGCUUCCAAAACUACUUUUUUAAUGUCACCCCACAAGUUUUUAAUGGGGUUGAGAUCAGGGCAUUGAGCUCAUAACCUCAAUCCUUUUUGGAACCAAGAUUUUGCCCUCUUGCUUAUGUGUUUGGGGUUGUUAACACAACCAGGGGCAUUUCCUCUUAAGCCAUGGGCAACUUAAUCUCUUCAAGUAUUCUGAUGUAUACACGUUCUCUUAUAUACGAUAAAUAUGCCCAACAUCGUAGUAUGAAAGCAUCCCAUGAGCACCACCAUGCUUAACUGUCUUUACAGUGUACUGUGGUUUGAUUUGGUACCCGGGGGUCUCCUGAGGUUCUGUCGAAAACCAUUAGACCCCAAAAUAUCAAUUUUACUCUCAUCAGGCACAAAAUGUUAUGUCAAUUUUCUUUGGGCUGGUUUAUGUGCUGAUGCCUUUAUUUCAACAAAGGUGCAGAUGAUUUUAGAUAAUCUUUGAACUUUCUAAUGGCUGAAUCUAUGUUUCAUGUGGUUUGGGUUUUUGUUACCAUUUUAAGCAUUUAAGCAAAGCAUCCUAAGUUUUGCUGCAUUUCUUUGUGUGUCAUCAACUUUUUAAUCAAAUGACAUUGUUCCUCCGAGCUAUGUUUGGAACGGUCCAUUUUACUUAGAAAUUAAGCAACAAAUAUAUUUUAUAACAAUCAUUUGCUUCCUCUCUUUCUAAAGAAAAGACCAAAAGGAGUUAUUUUUUCACAGAAUUAACUCGUUUUCUAAUUAAACUUUGCACUAUUUUGAUUAUGCUACUUUCUGUCAAUUAGUUGAGUCAAUUACGCAGAAGUAGUGGUGUGGAUCUGUUGUUUUUCUACUACAUUUGUUAGUUAAUAAGUUGCUAUACAGAAAUGUCAUUAACGCAACCGUAUAAUUUUCCCCAGUCUUCCAUACUUUUACUUUUCCUCUUGUUUUCAGAAUGCAAAUGUCAAACUGUUUUUUAUUCAUCAAGCAUAUCAUUUUUCUCUUGCUGAAAAAUAUUAAAACAGCAAAGACAUGACUGAUUUAGUUGAUAUAUGAUUAAAUGUACUUUACACUUGGUGAAUUUACCCUACUUUAAAAGGAUGUUGUACCAGUAUAGCGGGGAAGACAAUGUAAUGGAAAUUAACAUGUAUGAAAAUCCGAAUCAAGGCUUUUUCCCUCUUCCUAAAUGACGAAUAACGUCUUUAAAGGGGGGAAAUGGAAACUCCUGAAGUCUCGGUAUAAAAACCACAAAUACUUGAGACGAGCUGAUCAGUAGAGUUCAGUUUUCUUCAAGACAUCACAGGAAGUUGGAGAGGAGAUGAUGCCGUCAGCUAUGAAUGUUUAUUUCUCUGCCGUCCUGUCAGUGUGGAUCUGUCAGCUGGAUGCAGUGCCUCUGUUCAGCAGUAUGGGUGAAUUACCUGAAAUAUCUGGAGAUGAAGUUCAGGAGGUGAAUGUGCCUGUUCCUCUGACCGAACCAGAGAGAUGGCACCGGAUGGCCAAACAACUACAAAAUGACGUGAAAACUCUGAGAGAUGAACAGUUUAUCCGAGAUUUCGGAGAAACGGUGAAUAUGAGUUUAUUUGAGAAUGAAAGAAUCAACACUCCAGUCUUUAAAGCAUCUGAUGGGUGUUUUCUCAAAAACUUCAGUACGGAAAGGUGUCUGGGGCAUAUUUACAACAUCCUGAUGUGGUACAAAGAGAAUCUGAAUUACAUCGAGAGGGAAAAUCUGACCCCAACCCUGAUGAAUAAUGUCAAACAUGAGAUGAAACGAUUGCUGGAGUCCAUAAAUAGCCAGCUUCAGUCAAAGGAUUUGCAAGUUGAAGACAUCUCAAGUUCUCUGCAUGCCAAGUCUGCAUGGACACAGAAGGCGGUUACACACUCGAUCUUAUUCAACUUAACAAAUGUGAUGAUCCAUACGUGCAGAGCUAUCCCUUACCUUAGCAAAUCUAAAGCUGGACACAGUCAGCGGACAAAGAACAAAAUUAAAACUGAUUGGAUCUCAGACAAAAACUAACAAAAACAGACCCAUUUAUUUAGGGGUCCAAUUUGAUUGUGUUUGAUUUAUUUUUUGAAACAUUUGCAUUUUUAAAUUAAUCUAUUUAUUUUAUUUGGGUGAAUCUUUCAUCAAACGUACAAUUAUCAUCUUUUUUAUUUGUACUUGUCAAUGAUAAAAAACUUGAAAGACGUGGACGGAAUCCUAACAGAUGUAAUUUCACUCCAAACUUUUGAUAAAACUUGAGAGCUUGUUAUUUACUGAACAUCAGGGGAUGAUAACUUAAUAUUUAUUGUAAUGUUUUUGUAUUGAUCAUGCUAAAUCUGAUGCUAUUUAUAAAUAUUUAUAUUUGUUUUUUAUCUUUAUUUACUGUGUAUCAGGUUUUAAAUGAUGGUAAUGUAUGAAUGUAUGUAGUAUUUACUACUGUAAGACAUUCAUGACACUGUGUGUCAAAUAAAGCUGAGCUGCAUUUAAAGUGUUGUCUUCAUGAUACAGAAAGAGAAGAAAAUAUUAGAAAGCUGUCGAAACGAAAUUAUACAAAGAGGUGUGAGAGAAAAAAAAUCUAAAUAAAACUCCAACUAACAGUGAUUUUAAGAUUGAUAAGGACUUGCUGAUCAAAAGCCAGCAUAAAUAAUAUCAGCUGUUUGAUUCAUAGUAGUUAUCGGCCAUGUAUUAUUAGUGUAUAUCCGUAUUUAUCGGUGCAUCCCUAGAAAAAAGAUAGAGAAAGCUUUGGCUUGGUUUGUUGAUCUUGACAUGUAAAUGUAACCUGGGUAAACUGAACAAAGCUGACCAAAAGUCAACAUAUAAUUUGCACAUUGCUGCAAAUUUCAUUUGUACAGAAUUGAAAAUCUGUGCUAAUAAAUAUUCAGGGUUCCCACACCUUAGUUAACUUCAAAUUCAAGGACCUUUCAAGGACUUUCCA